AUGGAUGAUGAUAUAGAGUAUGUUCUUCAAAAGUGUAUGGGCAGUUCUUCUUAUUCUGUACCUGAUUCACAGCUAAGAGGUAUGGUAAUUGAUGAGCUAUCUAAGUUAUUUUCUAAAAAUGGGGUUCCAAUUACAAAGUACAAUUUGCCAUCUUCAGCACCGAGUUUAGGUUUUGGAAAUCGUCUUAUUGGUGAUGAAGAGGCAUAUGACAUUGCUACACUGGUAGAUCAAGAUCCUCUAUUGUACAGUAGACUGAAUGAUUGUCAACGGAUUGCUUAUGAUUCCAUUGUCAGAACUGUCGUGAGUAAUGAACUUGCAUUUUACUUCAUGUCAGUUCUGGAGGUUAGAUCUCUUGGAAAGAUCAUUCUUGUUGUUGCAUCAUCAGGCGUUGCUUCAUUGUUACUACCGGGUGGCAGAACUGCACAUUCAAGAUUUAAGAUUUCAAUAGACAUUUAUGAGACUACAAUUUGUGAUAUUAAGAGAGAGAAUGAUGUAGAUAUGGGGUUAUUGCCUUUCAGUGGUAUGGUUGUGGUUCUUGGUGAUGAUUUAAGACAGCUUCUGCCUAUUAUUGAAGGUGGUGUGUGCUCAAAGAUAGUGGAUGCUGCGAUUACUAAUUCUUCAUUAUGGAUAUUUGUUAUUAUUUUGGAGACACCAAUGAAUAUGAGAUUAGUUGCAGAUGGUUUAGAUUCUGUUGCUAAGGAGGAGCUCUCUAAAUUUAGUGACUGA